CUGGCCCGCGGCAGAGGUCAAGAUGGAAGAGAUCCUAAGGAAGCUGCAGAAGGAGGCGUCCGGGAGCAAGUACAAAGCCAUCAAAGAGAGCUGCACCUGGGCCCUGGAAACCCUCGAUGGUGUGGAUACCAUUGUCAAGAUCCCUCCACACUUGCUGAGGGAGAAAUGCUUGCUGCCCCUCCAGUUGGCUUUGGAAUCCAAGAAUGUGAAACUGGCUCAACAUGCCUUGGCAGGGAUACAGAAGCUCCUGGCGGAAGAGAGGUUUGUAUCCAUGGAAACGGACUCUGAUGAGAAGCAGCUGCUCAAUCAGAUCCUGAAUGCUGUGAAAGUGACGCCUUCCCUCCACGAAGAUCUGCAGGUGGAAGUGAUGAAGGUUUUACUCUGCAUCACCUACACUCCAACCUUUGACCUGAAUGGUAGUGCAGUGCUGAAGAUCGCGGAGGUGUGCAUUGAAACAUACAUAUGUAGCUGUCACCAGCGUAGCAUAAACACCGCGGUGCGGGCAACUCUCAGCCAAAUGCUGAGUGACCUGACUUUACAGCUACGGCAAAGGCAGGAGAACACGAUAAUUGAAAACCCGGAUGUCCCCCAGGAAUUCAGGAGUCAAGGGUCAACAGUAGAGUCCCUCUGUGAUGACCUCGUCUCCGUGCUCACCGUUCUGUGUGAGAAGCUCCAAGCCGCCAUCAACGACAGCCAGCAGCUGCAGCUGCUCUACCUGGAGUGCAUCCUGUCUGUGCUCAGCAGCUCCUCCUCCUCCAUGCAGCUGCACCGCGGCUUCACAGACCUCAUCUGGAAGAACCUUUGCCCAGCUCUCAUCGUGAUCCUGGGGAAUCCGAUUCACGAUAAAACCAUCACCUCUGCACACAGCAGCAGCAUGAGUACCAGCAUCGAGGCAGACUCUGCGUCUCCUGGGGUUUCCGACCACGGCCGGGGCUCGGGCUGCUCCUCCACGGCGCCCGCGCUGAGCGGGCCGGUGGCCCGCACCAUCUACUACAUCGCGGCUGAGCUGGUGCGGCUGGUGGGGCCGGUGGACUCCAUGAAGCCUGUGCUGCAGUCCCUCUACCACCGCGUGCUGCUCUACCCGCCUCCCCAGCACCGCGUGGAGGCCAUCAAGAUCAUGAAGGAGCUACUCGGGAGCCCAAAGCGUCUCUGUGAUUUGGCAGGACCCAGCUCCACUGAACCCGAAUUGAGAAAAAGAUCAAUUUCAAAAAGAAAGUCUCAUCUGGAUCUUCUCAAACUCAUCAUGGACGGCAUGACCGAGGCGUGCGUCAAGGGCGGCAUCGAGGCCUGCUACGCCGCCGUGUCCUGCGUCUGCACCUUGCUGGGGGCCUUGGAAGAGCUCAGCCAGGGCAGGGGCUUGAGCGAAAGUCAGGUCCAGCUGCUGCUGCUGCGCCUGGAGGAGCUGAAGGACGGGGCCGAGUCCAGCCGCGACUCCAUGGAGAUCAAUGAGGCCGACUUCCGCUGGCAGCGACGCGUCCUGUCCUCGGAACACACACCCUGGGAGUUGGGGAAUGAGCGGAGCCCUGACAUCAGCAUCAGCGUUACCACGGACACGGGCCAGACCACCUUGGAGGCAGAGUUGGGUCAGACCACACCCGAGGACCACUCGGAAAACCCCAAGAAUGGCCUCAAGUCGCCAGCCGUCCAGGAGGGCAAGGAGACUCUGAGUAAAGUGUCAGAACCGGAAGCCGUGGACCAGCCAGAUGUGGUUCAAAGGAGCCACACGGUUGCCUACCCCGAUAUAACCAACUUCCUGUCGGUCGACUGCAGAAUGAGGUCCUACGGAUCCAGAUACAGUGAGAGCAACUUCAGCGUGGACGACCAAGACCUCUCUCGGACAGAGUUCGACUCCUGCGACCAGUACUCCAUGGCAGCUGAAAAGGACUCCGGGAGGUCGGACGUGUCGGACAUUGGAUCCGACAACUGUUCUCUAGCUGAUGAGGAGCAGACCCCCCGGGACUGCCUGGGCCACAGGUCCCUGCGGACCGCGGCUCUGUCCCUCAAGCUGCUGAAGAACCAGGAGGCGGACCAGCACAGCGCCCGGCUGUUCGUGCAGUCGCUGGAGGGUCUCCUGCCACGCCUCCUGGCCCUGCCCAGCGUGGAAGAGGUGGACUCAGCCCUCCAGAACUUUGUCUCUACCUUCUGCUCAGGCAUGAUGCACUCACCCGGGUUUGACGGGAGCAGCAGCCUGGGCCUGCAGAUGCUGAUGAACGCGGACAGCCUGUACUCGGCGGCGCACUGCGCUCUGCUGCUCAACCUGAAGCUGUCCCACGGCGACUACUACCGCAAGCGGCCCGCCCUGGCGCCCAGCACCAUGAAAGAGUUCAUGAAGCAGGUCCAGACCAGUGGGGUGCUGAUGGUCUUCUCCCAGGCCUGGAUCGAGGAACUUUACCACCAGGUUCUCGACAGAAACAUGCUCGGAGAAGCCGGCUACUGGGGCAGCCCUGAGGAUAACAGCCUUCCCCUCAUCACCAUGCUGACGGAUAUCGAUGGCUUAGAGAGCAGUGCAAUUGGAGGGCAGCUGAUGGCCUCAGCUUCGAUGGAGUCUCCUUUCACCCAGGGCAGGAGAAUUGAUGACUCCACGGUGGCAGGUGUGGCGUUUGCUCGCUAUAUUCUGAUUGGCUGCUGGAAGAACUUGAUCGACACUUUAUCAACCCCUCUGACGGGCCGAAUGGCCGGCAGCUCCAAAGGGCUGGCCUUCAUCUUGGGAGCUGAAGGCAUCAAAGAACAGAACCAAAAAGAACGCGAUGCUAUCUGCAUGAGCCUUGAUGGGCUGCGGAAAGCCGCGCGGCUGAGCUGCGCUCUAGGAGUUGCAGCCAACUGCGCUUCAGCCCUCGCCCAGAUGGCAGCUGCCUCCUGUGUCCAGGAGGAGAAAGAGGAGAAGGAAACCCAGGAACCCACUGAUGCCAUAGCACAAGUGAAACUAAAAGUGGAGCAGAAACUGGAGCAGAUCGGGAAGCUGCAGGGGGUGUGGCUGCACACAGCCCACGUCCUGUGCAUGGAGGCCAUCCUCAGUGUCGGCCUGGAGAUGGGCAGCCACAACCCCGACUGCUGGCCACAUGUGUUCAGGGUGUGUGAGUACGUGGGCACCUUGGAACACACCCACUUCAGCGACGGCACCUCUCAGCCCCCGCUGACCAUCAGCCAGCCCCAGAAGGCCCCCAGAGGCGGUCUCCUUGGGGACCCGGAGAGUGAGGGCUCGCCCCAGGAGCAGAGCCUGGAGCAGGAGAGCUCCCUGAGCGCGGCCCCCGUCAUCCAGCCGCUCUCCAUCCAGGAGCUCGUCCGAGAAGGCAGCCGAGGCCGGGCCUCCGACUUCCGUGGGGGCAGCCUCAUGACGGGCAGCAGUGCCGCCAAGGUGGUGCUCACACUCUCCACGCAGGCUGACAGGCUCUUUGAAGAUGCUACUGAUAAGCUGAACCUCAUGGCUUUGGGAGGUUUUCUUUACCAGCUAAAGAAAGCAUCGCAGUCCCAGCUUUUCCAUUCUGUUACAGAAACAGUUGAUUACUCGCUGGCAAUGCCAGGAGAAGUGAAGUCCACCCAAGACCGCAAAAGUGCCCUGCACCUGUUCCGCCUCGGGGACGCCAUGCUAAGGAUCGUGCGGAGCAGAGCGAGGCCCCUGCUCCACGUGAUGCGCUGCUGGAGCCUCGUGGCCCCACACCUGGUGGAGGCUGCCUGCCAUAAGGAAAGACAUGUGUCUCAGAAGGCGGUCUCCUUCAUCCAUGAUAUACUGACGGAGGUGCUCACGGACUGGAACGAGCCACCUCAUUUUCACUUUAACGAAGCUCUCUUCCGACCGUUCGAGCGUAUCAUGCAGCUGGAGUUGUGCGACGAGGAUGUCCAAGACCAGGUUGUCACGUCCAUCGGGGAGCUGGUUGAAGUGUGUUCCACCCAAAUCCAGUCGGGGUGGAGGCCCUUGUUCAGCGCCCUGGAGACGGUGCACAGUGGGAACAAGUCUGAGGUGAAGGAGUACCUGGUGGGCGACUACUCCAUGGGAAAAGGCCAGGCGCCAGUGUUUGAUGUAUUUGAAGCUUUUCUCAAUACCGACAACAUCCAGGUCUUUGCUAAUGCAGCCACUAGUUACAUCAUGUGCCUUAUGAAGUUUGUCAAAGGACUGGGGGAGGUGGACUGUAAGGAGAUCGGAGACUGUGUCCCUGGACCCGGAGCCGCGUCCCCAGACCUGUGCCUCCCCGCCCUGGACUACCUCCGGCGCUGUUCUCAGUUGUUGGCCAAAAUCUACAAGAUGCCCUUGAAGCCGAUAUUCCUUAGUGGGCGACUUGCUAGCUUGCCCCGAAGACUUCAGGAGCAGUCUGCAAGCAGUGAGGAUGGAAUUGAGUCGGUCUUGUCUGACUUUGAUGAUGACACUGGUCUGAUAGAAGUCUGGAUCAUCCUCUUGGAGCAGCUCACAGCAGCUGUAUCCAACUGUCCACGUCAGCACCAACCCCCUACUUUGGAUUUGCUCUUUGAGCUGUUGAGAGAUGUUACCAAAACACCUGGACCAGGGUUUGGCAUCUAUGCAGUUGUUCACCUUCUCCUUCCUGUGAUGUCUCUUUGGCUUCGCCGUAGCCAUAAAGACCAUUCUUACUGGGACGUGGCCUCGGCUAACUUCAAGCAUGCCAUCGGUCUGUCCUGUGAGCUGGUGGUGGAGCACAUUCAGAGCUUUAUCCACUCAGACAUCAGGUAUGAGAGCAUGAUCAACACCAUGCUGAAGGACCUCUUCGAGCUGCUGGUAGCAUGUGUAGCCAAGCCCACGGAAACCAUCUCCCGAGUGGGCUGCUCCUGUAUUAGGUACGUCCUGGUGACAGCGGGCCCCGUGUUCACGGAGGAGAUGUGGAGACUGGCCUGCUGCGCCCUGCAGGAUGCCUUCUCGGCCACGCUCAAGCCGGUGAAGGACCUGCUGGGCUGCUUCCACAGCGGCACCGAGAGCUUCAGCGGGGAAGGCUGCCAGGUGAGGGUGGCCGCCCCGUCCUCUUCCCCGAGUGCCGAGGCCGAGUACUGGCGCAUCCGAGCCAUGGCCCAGCAGGUAUUUAUGCUGGAUACCCAGUGCUCACCAAAGACUCCAAACAACUUCGAUCAUGCUCAGUCCUGUCAGCUCAUUAUUGAACUGCCUCCUGAUGAGAAGCCAAAUGGACAUGCCAAGAAAAGUGUUUCUUUCAGGGAAAUUGUGGUGAGUUUACUAUCCCAUCAAGUGUUACUCCAGAACUUAUAUGAUAUCUUAUUAGAAGAGUUUGUCAAAGGCCCCUCUCCUGGGGAGGAGAAGAUCCAAGGGCCAGAAGCCAAGCUGGCUGGCUUCCUCAGAUACAUCUCCAUGCAGAACCUGGCCGUCAUCUUCGACCUCCUGCUGGAUUCCUACAGGACGGCCAGAGAGUUUGACACCAGCCCGGGGCUGAAGUGCCUGCUGAAGAAAGUGUCUGGCAUCGGGGGCGCUGCCAACCUCUACCGCCAGUCCGCCAUGAGUUUCAACAUUUAUUUCCACGCGCUGGUCUGUGCCGUCCUCAGCAACCAAGAAACCAUCACGGCUGAGCAGGUGAAGGCGGUCCUUUUUGAGGACGACGAGAGGAGCACAGACUCGUCCCAGCAGUGUUCAUCAGAAGAUGAAGACAUUUUUGAGGAGACCGCCCAGGUGAGCCCCCCGAGAGGCAAAGAGAAGCGGCAGUGGAGGGCGCGGAUGCCCUCGCUCAGCGUGCAGCCCGUCAGCAACGCGGACUGGGUGUGGCUGGUGAAGAGGCUUCACAAGCUGUGCAUGGAGCUGUGUAACAACUACAUCCAGAUGCACCUGGACCUGGAGAACAGUAUGGAGGAGGCCCCGCUCUUCAAGAGCGACCCUUUCUUCAUCCUUCCCUCCUUCCAGUCCGAGUCCUCCACCCCGUCCACCGGGGGCUUCUCGGGCAAAGACACGCCUUCCGAGGACGACCGCAGUCAGACCCGGGAUCACGCGGGCGAGCCGCUGAGCCUGAGGGGGACCAGCGGGGAGCUGCUGCUGCUGCCCCCGAGCCCCAAGGUGGAGAAGAAGGACCCCAGCCGCAAGAAGGAGUGGUGGGAGAACGCGGGCAACAAAAUCUACACCAUGGCGGCCGACAAGACCAUCUCGAAGCUGAUGACCGAGUACAAGAAGAGGAAACAGCAGCACAACCUGCCCGUCUUCCCCAAAGAGGUCAAGGUGGAGAAGAAGGGAGAGGCGCUGGGCGCCAGGGGCCAAGGCUCCCCGCUGCUCCAGCGGCCCCAGCACCUGAUGGACCAGGGCCAGAUGCGGCACUCCUUCAGCGCUGGCCCGGAGCUGCUGCGCCAGGAGAAGAGGCCCCGCUCCGGCUCCACCGGCAGCUCGCGGAGUGUCUCCGCAAGGGACGCGGAAGCCCAGAUCCAGGCAUGGACCAACAUGGUGCUAACAGUCCUCAAUCAGAUUCAGAUCCUCCCAGACCAGACCUUCACAGCCCUCCAGCCAGCAGUGUUUCCCUGCAUCAGCCAGCUCACCUGCCACGUGACUGACAUCAGAGUUCGCCAGGCUGUGAGAGAGUGGCUCGGUAGAGUGGGCCGUGUCUAUGACAUCAUUAUGUAGAAGACCCACCUUCCAGGCUCACGGACAAACACUAGGAGGGUUUAGAGUAUGUCUGCCAACCCAACUGAUAGCAUUUUCCCCACCACCAACCCCAGUGUCUCAGAGAACACCCAGUCCGUCCCUAACUAAUCAGCACUGGGGCUAAUCCGGAUAUUAAGGUUAUACAUGGAUGACACGAGUGAUACUCUAAUUUUGCAGAGCAUUUCUGAAGAGUCUACAUUCCUUGACACAUUUCUAAAUCUUAUUUCCCAAUGCAUUUGCCUGUACUGUUAUCCCCAGAUGGGUCACUUUCAAGGACCACUCCUACGAAAACACUACAUUGAUCCAUUGAUUAUUUUUAAAAAUGCAAUAGCUAAAGAAAUAUCUGGUGGUAAGGCAAGCUGAUGUACAUGCAGACAUCUCGUAUCAGACAUGAUUAAUUGGAGGAAGAACUGUAUUAUGAUUAUGAGUUCGGCAGGGAAGAAACAGUUGGAAAAAAUGUAUUCUUGGGUGUCUGAAUCAAGAAAGGGAAGAUUCACUUUCUCUGUAAAGUAUUCCAGAAUAUUUCAAAAUUGUUCCUAAGUUGUCAAGGUUUUCUGGUUGGUAUUUGCCAACUUCAUGUAAGGUACUGUUGUGCCUUCAUGUCCCUGCUUCUAAAGGAAGAAAGUUCUUUCCUGGCAGGGUUUUAAGUCUGUGGCAUGAAAACCUUCGAUGCAUAGUACCCAGUGGUAUUGGCUGAUACAGUGCCAAAUGACUUGACCGGCCACCCUAACGGUCCCACUAGUCUUUGCUUUUGCUCCCAAGGCAAGAAAUGAAAAGGGAAAGCAAAAAUGGUGCCUUAGUUCCUUGUUGCACAGACAUUUCUAUGCUCCACAAUAAUCUGAAUAUAAGGUCUAACAUUUGGUUUUUAAGAAAACAAAACAACUCAUUUUAUAUCAACAUGUUUGGAAGAAAGGAACUCAAGAAUUCUCCAUCCAGUAAGCAGACUUCUCAGGGAAGGGGGCAGGAAGUAUGGGGUAGGGGGACAGUUGGAAGGGGUGGGGAAAAAGAUGAUGAAACCAUUUAAAGUCUGAAAAUAUUUGACAACAAUCAUAUAAAAUUAUAGUGGCAUUCAUAUAUGCUAUAGUCUCAAAAUAAAAAAAUUACAGGAGAAAAGGUCAUAGAAUGAAGUUUAGAAAAUAAAGUUUUUCAAUUUAAAAUAUUUCUCCUCUCUGGCAAAUAGAUUGGCCAUCUGUUUGAGACCUUUUUACUCAGGCCAUUAUUUUAAGUGGAUAUUUAUUUUCCUAAUUAUCACUAAAUUAAAAGUUUGGAAUCUUUGUCUUAUUAUUUAUAGUAUAUUUAAUAUUAAAUUAUACAAGUGAUUUCAAUUCCUCAAUCAAGCCCACUCAUACACAUUCUAAAGAGUUAGUUGCUAAGAUAUAUGUCAUAAUUUUCCCAGCUCCUAAUAAUUAUUGAAAAUUGAACAUCUCAUCCCUAAAGCAUCAACUCUCCAGUAUGGAAGUAAGGAUUUAAAACCGACAGCUUUAUUCAGUGCUAGUAUUUUAAACUUUGUCUUCCAUGGGAAUAUAUAACUCUAUACAGGUUAAGGGGAAGACAGGGCUCCCUGAUUUAUUUAGGCAUUCUAAAGUAGAAAACCUUAUCAUUUGCUAUGCCAUCUAGAGAUCACCACAGAAUUCAGAAGACAUGUUUCCAGUUCCACAAAACACUCCUUGCCUUCAGUUUUUGCUCAUCAGACAAUAAUGCAGGUUUAGUGACAGAUGAACAAUUUGAUCUUAACAGGCAAUGACUUGUUGGGAUAGCAGUGAGUUGUGUUCUGUACUUUUGACUUUGUGUAUUUUUUAAGUGGAAUUCAAAGUUGGGUACUUUUUUUUUUUUUUUUAAACAAAAGCCAUACACCAUGGUUGUUUUGUUUCUUUUUAUAGCUUAGCUAAGGUUCAUUUCCCGGUGAACCUGUGAGUAUUCCACAAGCUAUGGGAGUGAGAGAGGAGCUUCAGCAAAGCAGAGUAUUAGCAAAUUAAUUACAAAACAUUUAUACCUAGCACUUUUUAUAAAGUAUAAAAGUUCUAAGGAAGCCAGUCUCAAUUUAUGAAUGUCAUGUCCUAGAAGUUGUUAACUGCUUAGAAAUCAGAAUUUAUUCUCUAUCACGGGAUCCAUGGCACAGUUAUGAAAACAAGUUUACCCCACACUAUAUUCAAACUCUGCUCUAGUACUAGCUUAAUUACAGGUCCCAAGAAUAAAAGAUGCGGGAAUGUACAUCCAUUCUCUACCUACAAUUUUGUCAGAGGGUCUCAGUCCCUUCGCAUCAUCUUUUCUCUAGACCACCCCUAGGCCUACAGUGGUCUUCAGCCCAUCUCCAUUCCCAACAUGCACUGGGCACCACAUCCAUGUCAGAUUUCAGCUGGGAAGUUAGCUAAGCCACAGUAAUACUUUUCAGAGCUAUCAGCAGUUUUCAAAAAGGACAUUGCUUGAUGCAAAUAAUCUCCAAAGAAUAGUACUUCAGGUCACGGUGAGUCAGUCAAAUCUUCACAGGCGUGGAGAAGAAAAAGAGAUAAUUAAAAACCUGUAGUUGAGUGGUCUCUCCCCAGAGUGCCCCCUCAGUCCAUCCCUCUUCCUGGUGUUUCUGCCUUUCCCCAUCUCUUUCAUCCCCUCCCAUGGUCUCCGAAAGACCAAGGUCAAGAAAAGCCUUUGUAGUUUCAAUAGCUAUUACCAUAUAUUUUCAGAUGUAAGCAGAAUAAGAUUUUGCACCUUGCUUUUAAUUGCCUGUAUUUACUGCCAAAAGUGUGUUACCCUAUGGUUAAGAUUUAUUCUUUUUAUAAUAUUUCGGUAAAGUGUUCAUCUUUUCCAAAAUGAAGGGACUUCCCUGGUGGCUCAGACGGUAAAGCGUCUGCCUACAAUGCAGGAGACCCGGGUUCUAUCUCUGGGUCGGGAAGAUCUCCUGGAGAAGGAAAUGGUAACCCACUCCAGUAUUCCUGCCUGGAAAAUCCCAUGGAUGGAGAAGCCUGGUAGGCUACAGUCCAUGGGGUCGCAAAGAGUCAGACACAAUUGAGCGACUUCACUCAGUGAAGAAAAGUGUUCAUCUUUUCCAAAAUGAAGAAGCACUUGUAAAACUCAAGUGCAAAAGAAUUCCUGACUGAACAGCCCAGCCAGUUACACCACACUCUACAACAGAUUUCUCCUUGCCAUGGGAGAUUUGAGGGAGGGCCAAUAAAUUGCUCACGGCAUCUCUCCUACUUUGUACAUCUCCUGAUCAGCUUUUACAGAUGCUUAGGCUACCUCUUUGCACCCUCCUGUCAUUUCUCCCCUUAUGAUUAUUUUUCUGCCUUCUCCAUCAAUACAAAACUAGGACACCUUUUUACCACUUUGAGGCUAUUUGACUGACCAACGCAGAUACUAACAUAUAUCAGCUCAGACUAAAUCCAACAUGACAAAAUGUUAACAUAAUUCCAUAGUACCUUUACAUUGAAACUUCUUGGUACAGUGAUCACUAGGCUUUGCUAUCGUUCUUAUUGUUCUAAGGAGAGGGCUUGUACAAAGUCAGCUGAGAAAAUCACAUAGCCUUAACUAUAAGAAGGUAAUGCAAUUAUGUUAAUAGACACUUUUGACUUCCCCCAAAUACAUCACAGUAUUGCUCAUGUAGGAAAGUUUUCUCAGAAAGAAAAAUGCAUUCAUGUCAUCAGUCCCAUCAGACUAAGCACAUGAAGACCUUUGUUUGGAAUUGAUGAUAGUAGCAAGAGGCUACCAACAGCAGGGGUUGGGGAGACAUCACUGAGUACUUCUGAGACUGUGGACCGUAACCUAGAUUACCAUAUUUAACUCCCACAAUAACACUGUGAAAUCAGUAUUGUUGUCCUCCUUUUUUCAGGUGAGGAUGCAGACCCAGAGAGGUUCAGAAAACUUGUCCAAGAUAACUCAUAAAGGGUAAAGUUGGUUGCAAAAGAGAUGUUUUUGAAUUCAAAGGCCAAGGUCUCUCUACAACACCAUGUCUAAGUGCCACAAACACUUCAGUGUUUCAGGAAAUUAACCAGUUAAAAUAAGGUGAAGAUAGUUCACUGAUGUCCCUAUCUACAAUGUUAUAGAGAUUUUUCAAAUAGAAUUUAAAAAAGAAUAAAAUAGUGUUUAGGCAUAGUAAGGUCAUAUAUAAUAUAAAGAAACCAAAUCUAAACUUUUAAAACAGAUCCUCAGUGGAAAGUUUAAAAACUCACCAAAUUAGGUGGAAAUGAUGGAAUAAUAUUGUCCAUGGCCAGAUGUUAUACAGAAAAGCAUGACAGUCUGUGUCUGGAAUGAAAGGAUCUGUUGACCUUUUUCAGUUACCAUUCAGUCACUCAGAGUAAAGUGCCCUGUAGCCAACAGUGCCUCUCUACUUCCCCAGGAUGUAUGUGGGACUAAAUGGUAGGUCAUCGUCAAACUUUGGGAAUAUGCACAAAAAAUGACCAUUUUUCAAAAUGCGCGUUCUCUGAGCAGGAAACAACUAGUCAGACACCAUAGCUUAAAGAUUCAGGUACUGUGGGCAUCAGGUCACUAUCCAUAGUAACAUACACUGUAACACCUAAAUAUUCUACUUGCUUCGUAGAUAAGGAAACAGGCAAAAGGAAAACCCAACAUGUUGCAUUGAGUGGAUGACAGAAUUUACAUCUGCUUGGGUACCAUUUAGGGAAAUUUAGUGUGGCCUUAAAAAGCAAACGACUAUUUUUAAGCACUUUUUAAUUGGAUAUAUGAGCUUAUUAUAUGGUAAGAUGUAUGAAACUGGGUAAAGAACUCAUUUAUAAUUAUGCCUCAUCCAAAAAAAAAAUGUGUUCUCCUUGUUCACGAGUAGAGCAAUCUAGAAAACUUUGUCUCUGUCUUUCUGUGAGAUCCCUUUCCUCUGGCUAUAUUGUAAUAUAUGUGUUUGAUGUGGAAGUAACUAAUAACUUAAUCAAGAUUUUUGAUUAAAACACCAUCUAGAUUUCCAAAAUACAAUGAUUACUUCAGGGAAGAUAGACAAAAAAAAAAAUUCAUCCCCUGGGAUAAUGUAAGAGAAACUUACUUGAGAACAAUGCCUAAUUUCCUUGUAAAGAGGGGCACUACUUAUUAACUGAAGAAAAACACACCACUCGCACCAUACAAAACCUUUCCCCUCACUCUUUGUAUAAUAAUGCAAAGUGGGGGUUGGGUGGGGCCGGGGUCCAGAAAGGAGAGACUAGCUGGCCAUAUCUUACUGAUAAAACUGCAGUCAGCUUCUGCUGAAUUCCAUCCAACUCUGGUCAUUCCAGCCGUUUUAACUACCAGGAGUUACUUGUAUUAUUAAUUCCUGUCCUAAAGGUUCAAGCAGUGGUUGUCUAGUAUCUUAUGACUUUACAACAGUAGUUGUCAAACUUUAGCACACAUCAGAAUCACCUGGAGGGUUAAGACACAGAUUCCUGGGCCCAUGCCCAGAGUAGCCAAUUCAGUAGGCCUACAGAUUUGCAUUUUGCAUUGAUUUUCUAACAGUUUCCAGUUGAGGCCAGUGCUGCUGACCUGGGGACCACACUUUGAGAACCAAUGCCUGGAAAAAGUUUGUAACUACUCCCUUUAAGAUCAGCCUGACUUAUCAAGCACUAGAGAAAAACUGAACUUCCCCUUGGGCAGACAACUUGGAUUCUCUACAGCAUUCCUGUUCAAUCUUCCCAGUUUCCAGGUUUAUCAUGCCAACAAUGGAUUUUUACAAGCUAGAAGACAAUGAAUGUAUACGUUCUAUGGAACAGUGAGAUCAGUGUGAGCUUCUCGUCUUUGUAUUUAGAAACAUUAACUCUAUGGACAACCUUUUGUAUCAUGUUGACUUUUUGACUUGUACUGAAGGUGAUUUUAAAGUAUGUAGUGUUUUAAUUUCUUCUGUCCACACAGUUUUGAUGAGAUGUUUCCAUGCUGAUUCCAUCAUAACCUUGGCUCCUGGCUCUAGAAAUGUUUGAGUAGUUGCUCCCUUGCCAGUAGUUUUAUAUCCCUCAUCAGUCACCAGAACAUCAGCACAUCAAGAUGGUAUCAUACUACUUGGUGUGCCUUCAUCUUUCACUUAACUGUCUGGUGUAAAUUAAUAUUUUAAUUUCCUAUGUAUCUGUAAAGAGUCUACCAAAUGGCUUCAUGAGAAUUUGCAAACUGAACCAACUCCCUUCUGAGUAGCAUAUGUACCUGUUUUAAGGACUUUAUGGUAAAUAUGUUAUGUUCGUGCACAUAUCUACCCAAUCGAGACCAUAUCUAUUAUCUCAUCUUCCAAAUGAUGAGAAAAAUGUCCAAGUGCAUCAGUAUGUUUUGGGAGUACAGUGAAAUCUUAAUCAUGUUACAUAUAAAUGGGGCCUUAGUUUAUCUCCUAACUCUUUAUUCACUUAAUUCACUUUGGAAAUUCUUUUUCUAUUAAAAAAAAUAAGAAAAAAAAUUAAGUACUUUAAAAUAAUCUCCCUUUUAUAACCAUAUUAAUUACACAUAAUUUUUAUUGGUUCAGUAAGUUUCUUUAAAGACUUCUUUUUAAGUAUCCUGACAUUAUUUAAACUGUUAUAUAAGAGGAAAAUAAUGACUAUAUUUACUAGAAUUAGAUGAGAAAGCAUAUCAAUGUCAAUGAUGUCGAGGCUUGAAGUUUUUGCCUCGGUAGAUGGAAAUAAUUUGAAGCUUUCCUAUUGCAGUUGCAUUUCCCAUGAUAAUUUUUGGAAAUUAUAUGUGCAUUUAGUUCUUUUAAUAAUAACUGAUAUUGAAUUAAAUUUUAAAAGUUAAUCUCUAGAAAUAAUUUUUGUCUUACCAACUGGUGCCAAAAAGGGGAGGGAGGAAUCUAAAGGCCAGUCUUUUGAACUAACAUGUGAAGCAUAUUUUCUCUUCACAUCAGAAGUGCAUGGCCCUGACUCCACCAGCCGCCAGUGGCCGCCAUGGCUGCCUCGUGAUCAAGUGCAGGCAACUCUGUCCCUCCCUCUGACGUCUUUCAUCUGAUUUUUGUUGGAAGUAGUUCACUCUAAUAAAAAUUGGUUUCCCACAAAAUAGGUAAAAUUGGACAAAGGUUAACACUUUUGGAAUUCUGGGUUUCACUUUGAAACCACGUGGUAGAAUUCCCAGGUAUGGCAUGAUCGGGGCAGGAGCAAGUGCCCAGAGGGGAAGGCUGGUUUUGUCUGGUUUUGUUUCUUGACUUGUUUUUAGUGGGAGGGGAGAGCCAAUAAUAAGUUUCUUGCCCUAAUCGUGCCGAGAGAUGAUUUUCCUGCUGUUCUAAGAGGAAUAGACUUAGAUAAAUUAUGUUAUAAUCGGUUCCCCUACUACCAUUUCCCACUCUUAAAUGUAAAGCCAAUGGGUGGUAAGGGUCCUUUUAUUCUUUCUUGUAUUAUGCCAAAGACUAGACUUGUUUUCUUUGAAAAUUAUAAAUUACUGAAGCUUGGUAUAGCCAUAAUGAUUUGAGUCAGUAUACCAUUUUAUCCAUAGAAUGCAAAACUCAUCUUUGCAAUCCCCUGCACCAGGAGCCUUGAAGCAUUUUGUUUACCCCAAAGGACUUGUCAAGGAAGUACAGCUUUUGUUUUGCCUUCUUAUUCAGUCAGUUGGUCACAUUUAUUUUUAAAAAAAUGAAAACUACUGUCCUUUAUACGUUGGUAUAACUAUUUGAUUUGAUAUAAUCUGUCUGUUGUUUAACAGGUUCCUGUAAGCAAGCUUGCAAGUGUAUUUUGUGUACAUUUUAUCUGAGGUGAAAAUGAAAAUUCUAAAGAGAAAAUAUUUUAAAAGAUACUGUAUUUAUGUUGCUUGUGUUGUAGAAUAAAGACUCAGAUGCAUUAAAAAAUCUGGUAUGUGAAACCAUGUUUUUCACCGAAUAAAUAUAUCAAAACAAUCUAUGUAAAAAUCCUGUUUACAGAAUUCUGCUAAAUGAACUAGGUUCCUUUCUUUGGUGUUUCAUUACUCUGAAGAAACUCUCCCCUCCAACUAUAAUUUGGAGAUAGUCACUGUUGAUAAUUUGGUGAACACCUAGAAAAUACAUCUGAAGAA